AUGCUAUUACUAAACACCAAAUCGCAAGACCUCGAGGUCUUUGCUACCAAUGAAGAAGUACGAUAUGCCAUUUUGUCUCACACAUGGGGCAGUGAAGAGGUUACACUAGCGUUAUUUUUGGCCAAGGACAAGAGGACGGAUUCUAAAGGAUGGGACAAGAUACGCCGAAGCUGUGAAGUAGCAGCUCGUCUGGGCUUCGACUACAUUUGGAUAGACACCUGUUGCAUCGACAAGAAAUCUUCAUCAGAACUGUCGGAAGCCAUCAACUCCAUGUUUCAAUGGUACGAAAAGGCCGGAGUCUGCAUCGCAUACCUCGAAGACGUCUCAUCAGCAGACGACCCAACUAAAGAUGGCUCUCAGUUUGCGAAAUGCCGCUGGUUUAGCAGAGGCUGGACGUUGCAAGAGCUGAUUGCUCCCCCCGAGCUACACUUUUAUUCUCAAGAGUGGGAGCUCAUCGGCACUCGAACGUCUCUCCAGGAAGCCAUCACGAGAGUGUCCUUGAUCCCAGCCGUGAUUCUUCACACCAGUGGCCAGGGGCAGAGCCUGGAUGACUGUUCUAUUGCAGAGAAAAUGAGCUGGGCGGCUAAUCGCCAGACCACUCGGCCAGAAGACAUGGCAUACUGCUUGCUCGGACUGUUCGACAUUAACAUGCCUUUGCUGUAUGGAGAGGGCCGCGUCAAGGCUUUCAAGCGGCUGCAGGAGGAGAUUAUCAAGUCUACGAAUGAUGACUCCAUUUACGCUUGGAGAUAUCCUCAGGAAUUAUCCGAAAGACAGCAUUUUUGGGGUCUCUUGGCAGAGAGUCCUGCAGCGUUUGGACACCAAGGCGCGGCUAAUGACUUGUCUUUUCAAUUACUCAGAUACCUCACACGGAGCUCAAACUAUGUAGCAGCGGUAUCUAGCCGCGGGCUAGACGUAGAGCUCGCCUUGACGCCUCACCCUCGAGAUGAAUCUGGCACAAUCUUCAUUGCCGUGCUAGACUGCGACAUGGGCCGAGAUGAAGUCUCGCAUGAGCUGACACCAGCCAUUAUCCUCCAAAAGACGCAAUGGCACAACGAUACAGAAUAUGUCCGCAUACGAACAGACCAUUUGCUGAUGGUAUCAAUGAACCUCAUGAAGUUUGCCAAAGAUCUCAAGCGCUACCGCCUGGGCUACGAUCGCCUUUCAGAGGCCCAGCCUCGACAGAUAUUUGUCCCGCACAAUCUAUCCACGCGGCGAUCCCCCCGGGGCAUCCUAUUCCAUCCCGAAGUGGUGCCAUUAUAUCAUGAUAAGCCGUUUAUGAUUGGCGUGCUCUCCAAUGAUUCGGACUGGUUCUUCGAUGAGCCCCAAAAAACACCAUCCGAUGCAAGCGGGACAUUUGUACUCAGCUUUGACCCCGAUUCUGAUCUGGGAGCCACUGAACCUGCGCAGCCGACCAAACUCGGCUCCUUGGAGCUCGAAAUCAAGCAAUAUGGAGGAUGGAACAGCUGGCGCACAUAUCUCGUGAUAGGCCUGGAGCCUCAUCCUCCGAACCCCUUUGGCACACCUUCAUUGUACACAGUGCCGUGGUACGCGUUUGUGAAAAAGGACAAGGUUGCGGCGGGACAGCUGGACGAUGUGCUGGUGAGAGAAGACAGAGAGAUGGAGCAUAAGCUGCUGAACGAGGUGCUGCGGGUUGAGUUUGAUCUGGAGAGUCGGCAUUCGAGAUUGCAUUACAACGUUGUUUUGAAGCUGAGAGAGGCGAUCAAGGAAUCAAGGAGAUGA